AGGUCACCUAACCUACAAUACUAAGUCACCUUCCACGUGUCAUAUUUUCAUUUGUUCAAAAAAUAUUUUUGUUUUUUUAUAAAAAAAAAUUAAAAAUUGAAAAAAAAUAAUAAAAUAUCCUUUUUUUUCAUCUUCUUCCUCCCUUAAUCCCUUUCCCAACCUCCAUGAAUAGCUCCCAUUUCCGGCUAAACCUCCGCCCACCACACCUCAAUCUCCGGCAGCAAGGAACCCCACCCCAUCAGCAAUCACCCUGGUCGAAACCCAGAAACACGCAACCACCUCCGUUAGAAUUCACCGGAAACCACCCAAAAAAUCACCGCAGUCAAUUCGUUAAACCCAUUUUUCUCGGAUCUACCAUUUUCGAUUCUUUGACCCUUUGAUCUUAACUGGGGUUUUCCCCUAAUUUCACUUCAAUGCUCAAGGAAUGUUCAGCCAAAAAGCUUACUUCAUUUCAAUAUGCAAUUCAUUUUUUUUAUUUAAUUUUUUUGUUUGACGAACUGUAAUUCAAUCUUAGCUAGUUGGGUGUUUUAAUUUGUUUUGUUUUGUUUUUUAAUUGGUGGGUUUUGGUCGAUUUUUGAUUUUAUUGAUGAUGUGAAUGUUGGGUUUGUUGUGAUUUUUUAUUGUUGCAAUUUGUGUCGAUGUUGUUGUGGUUGGUUGCUGCUUGCGGUGGUUUAGAGGUGGCGUUAUGGUGGUGGUGAGAAGUUACCACUACCGUUGGUUGUGGGCAAAGUGGGCGGUGGUUGCGAAUUAGUUGAGCGGCUGUUGUUUGAGGCUACGCUGUUGAAUUGGUGCUUUGGCUGAAGUGUGGGAAGUGGUGCGGUGGUGAUGAGGGUUGUGUGGUGGUUUCAGGCAAAAGAGAGAGAGGUUGCGUGGGUGGAGCAAAAAGGUUGUGGCGUGGUGUUUUGGUGGCUGGGGGUCGUUGAAAAGGCACCAACCCAACGACGGUGGUGCUGCCCUACUGCGGUGGUGGGCUUGGUGGCCGUGGGGAGGUGGGCUGCGUGGGCAAGGCUUGAGAAGGGGGAGAUAUGAAGGUCUUUAAUUGAAUUAAAAAAAAGGUUAAAAAAAAAAAACCGGUUCAUGAGGUAAGUGGUCAAUUUGGCCUGAUAGAAUAGAAUGGGAUAUAAAGCUUGGAUUAUUGUAGAAUAAUCAAAAGGUUGGAUUAUUAAAAAUAAAUCGGUUAAAGGUUGGAUUAUUAAAAUCAAAUUUUCCUUUUAUUUAAUCCCAAUAAAAAAACUCUUGUUACCAAACAAAGUCAAAAAGAAAAAGGAAAAAUAAAAUAUAAUUGGCAAGUGCAAUUGAAUCUAAUACAGUAGAAAAGAUAUUUAAAACUAGGAAAAUACAAAUACUGUAGGAAUCUUUAUUCCUUAGGUUUAAUUGGUUUAUGUUGCCGAACAAGUGCACACCCUUAAACUGUCAAAAAGUCACCGUCGUCAUCGUCAUCCACAAACCACGCAAUCCCUUCAUUCCUUAAACUUUACGGAGUACUAUUUUUUUCAUUCCUUUCCCAUUUCAUCAUCUCCACUUCCUAUGCUCACUUUCCCCGGCGACGGAUUUUCCGACGUCGGCCUAUUUUCCGUAAUUCUUCAAUUGUCACAAGGCAUUUGAAGUCCUUACGUGAGCUUUUAUUCACGGAAGUAUGAUUGGUGAUGUGGAAGAUGAAGAGUAUUACAACAGGCCGCUUGGACGGUGGCCUGUUUUCGUCUAUGGUGUUGGCCACAUGCUCAAUGACAUUACAUCUGCCUGUUGGUUUACUUAUUUAUUGGUCUUCCUGACAGAUAUUGGACUUUCACCAGGGAAUGCUGCAAUUGUAAUGCUUAGUGGACAAGUGGCAGAUGGAUUCAUGACUGCAUUUUCUGGGGAACUGAUAGACCGGUUUGGACGCUUCAAAAUUUGGCAUGGCGCUGGUUCUCUGUUGGUUGCUGUUUCAUUUUCUUCUGUUUUUGGUGGUUGUAUACCGUGCAAAAUAUUUGGUACAGACUCAUCUGCUUUGGAGACAAUUGGAUACAGCAUUUUUGCAGCUAUCUUCAAUAUUGGUUGGGCUGCCACUCAAGUGUCACACAUGUCUAUGGUGAACUGUAUGACGCUGAAUCCGACAAGCAGAGUUGUGUUAGCCAGCUGCCGUAAUGCAUUUACUAUGAUUGCAAAUUUAAGCUUGUAUGCUGUGGCUUUUGUUGUCUUUGGUCUUGGUAAAUCAAGGACCCAUGAUGAGAUAGAAAGCCAGUAUCGUUGGAUUGCUUAUUCAUCAAUUUUUAUCGGGUGCUGCUUUGUCUGCAUCUUCCUAAUUGGAACUAAAGAGCCCAGGUUGAAAGAUGGCUUUCCAGGAAAAGUUUAUGCUAGAGUUGAAUGGACUUAUUGGUUCCAUAAAGUUCUAUACUACCAGGUUGCUCUUGUAUAUGUACUGACUAGACUGGUGACUAAUGUCUCACAGUCAUUUCUAGCCUUUUACGUCAUCAAUGACCUACAAAUGGCUCAAUCUUCAAAAGCUCUGGUGCCUGCUAUCAUAUACAUUUGCAGUUUUAUCAUAUCCAUUAUUCUACAGGAGAUGUCAUGGACUGGCUACCGUCUGAAGACAUUCUUUUCUAUUGGAAGCGUACUUUGGAUAUUUUGCGGUGCAGCAGUUUUAUUUUUGCCUCUGGGUUUGAGUGGUUUAAUGUAUAUCAUCUCCGUUAUUAUUGGCAUUGCAAAUGCCCUAAUGAUGGUCACCGGAAUAGGCAUGCAGAGUGUUCUUGUUGGACAAGAUCUUAAUGGAAGUGCUUUUGUCUAUGGAUCACUGAGUUUUAUGGACAAAAUGGGUUGUGGAAUUGUGUUAUACAUUUUGGAAUCAUAUCAUAGUAAUGUCUCCUCAAAUGUUGGAGAGCUUCAUUCGUCUAUAUAUAGCUUCUCAGUUACACGGUAUGCAGUAGGUAUUGUUCCUGCAAUUUGUGCUCUUAUUGGUGUGGCAGUAACAUAUAGUAUGAAACUUGAAACUCCUCCAAAGCCUAUAUCAGAGCCCCUUCUGGCUUAGCACGGUUCAAGAAUUGGUGCAGCAUUGACACUGAAUUUAGAGAUAAUUAUGAAGCGAAAUAUUUUUUGACACUUGAAAUCACGUCUCUUCUCAUGUACAGUAUAUGAUAAAUCAUUUUGUAGUGCUUAAUCACGUACGAGUAAUUCAUUUGCAGAACUCUAAUUUCAAUUUGUAUAUGUGAUAUGAAGUUCCAAUGUUUGGUCAUAUAAGUUGUACUUGUAGGCGUUAUGGCCAUUAGUUAUCUGAAACUUUUGAUGCCUAUAUUCAGUUUAUUGUGUUGUGACUAAUUGGUUCUUUUCAUCAA